AUGCCACACUUUGCUGGUAAUAUAGAUGUUACCGAAGACGCAUCAUUUAAUCCUGCAGGGUUUUGUGACGAAUUAGAUCAACUGCCGGAAGAAAUUGAGAGACCAUCUUUCCCAGAUCUUUCCCUCUCUCUAGACGAAGAGGCAAACUACAAUGAUCGUGAAGUUCAGAACUCUAUCUAUCACGCCAAGGAAUCCAUCCGACAAUUUAAGACAGAGAUACCACUAUGUCUUGUCAUGCUCGGGCCGGUGGGCCAGAACACGGGGGUUGCCUUUCUAGAGACGGCACUUCUCCUCAUGUAUUUGGAUUCUGCACAAUCUGCGAUAGGCCUCUAUCGUAUUCAUCUCCAAGGCAUUCGCAGCAUCAUAGACAGCUCUGGUGGAGAGUCUCUGCUCAUUCCAUAUAACUCACGGCUGAGAGCUCAGCUGGCCAUGUUUAUAUGGUAUGAUGCCACUAUCGCUUUAUUGUCCCGCGAGAACCCUGUCCUUCCGUUGUCAUACUUGGAAGGCGUCCUCCGCCACGGACAUUUCGAUGGAUGGAACUAUGAAUAUUUGAUCGGCUGCCGCGAAGAGUUUGUGGUCAUCCUGGUAAGACUUGCAAGGCUGGCGAAACAAUAUGAGACUUCUCGGCAAAUGGAAAAUCUCUACUUUGAUAUGACUGCAGUGGACGAAGUUGAGGAGACCCUGCGGCAAAUACCUACCGAGUAUCCAUAUUUAGACACAGACGCGGAUGAAGAGACUCUUGAUUUGGCCCGAGAUCGUUACCACUGCGGUGAAGCGUGGCGAAAUGGUCUCUUGCUUUAUAUUCAACGAAUAUUUCGUUGGACGCGUGGGGAUCCAGUUCCGCUCAGUGCCAAAUAUAUCGCCCGAAUUGUCAUAGAGCAUGCUCGAUGCAUCAGGCGAGAAAACAAUUAUCAAAAACAAGUCCUGAUCGCGGUUUUUCUUGCCGGUGCGGAGAUGACGCGAGAGGACGAUCGGGAUUUUGUGAGAGGAUAUACUGCGUGGUGGAGUCGACUCUGUGGCUCCAAGAUGUUCGACGACGCAUGCUCCUUCUUAGAGGAGAUUUGGACGGAAAGUGAAGGCCAAGGCGGCCAGGAAGUAUGGUGGGGGAGUGUCAUUGAUAGGAGAUGUCUUCAGUCAGGGCUUCCGCAGCUACCCCAAGUUUUGCUCGGGUGA